UUUAAAAGAUAUAAUGAUAUCAAGUAUUGAAUCUGAAAAAACUUCACAAGCUGAAAAUUUUCUAGAAAUUAAUAACUUAUUAGAAGAUAAUCUUCAAACUAAAGGUUUCCAAGCCAAUUCAAAAAAACAUAAGCAUCAUCAUAAAACAAAUAGACAAUCUGCACCAUGCUGA